GGAAGCCCAUGAUGGACGGUGACGGACGAAUCAGAAGAUUCGUAGGGCAGCGCAGGUUGGAUGGUCCUCCCGUGAAAACAAGUGGUUUACCAGUAGCCGAAGUCGUUGCCGCGCCGGGUGGGAAACGUGAAACGCCUGUUGGGAAUCGGAAGAAGAAGGAGGCUGCGGGAGAGUGGGAGAAGCUCCCUGUCUAUAAAAAUAGAGGGGCAUUACAAAGAAGAUUGGAGACUCGGAGGAGAAAGAGAGGAACAAUGCUAUUGUUAGCCGAUUUCCUGAAGACCAGGCCCCUGUCCCUAAUCCCGGAAACUCCUUUUUUCUAUUUUUUGGGAAUUUUUGGGGGCAUUGUUCUUUGAUUUUUAACUUGGAGAUAUAUAGAAAUCUCAGGAUCCAGGGUUACAAGGUUGAAUUGGAGACAAGGGAACACCUCUUCAUGGGGCAGGAGACGGAUAAUUUAUACGAUGUCCCACAUGGACUUUUGCCUGCUGGAUAUGAUUCAGAAUCCAAAGGCUAUCAGACUGUUAUUGUCAAUGACAAGAUAUAUGUGGUUGGAGGAUCCAGUGAUGGAGAAAAUUUGUCAAUGGAUGUCAAAAUUUUUGACAAGUCAAUGGGAAAAUGGUUGAUUCCUAUGAUAUUGGGUACAAAACCAACGCCAUCUAAAGGCCACUCAGCUGUUCCUGUGAACAAUGAUCGGAUUUUAAUUCUCAAGGGGGAUUGUUCUGCAGCUGACUGUUUCUGGUUUCUUGAGGUUGACACUCCAUAUGUAAGAGAACAAGAGAAGUUACUUGGCACUGAUGUGAUUGCUUGGAGCAAGGGGGUUGCAGGUGAUGGCUCAAAGCCUGUAGUCAUUAGCGGUCCCUCUGGAGUAGGUAAAGGCACACUAAUAGCAAAGCUUAUGAAAGAAUUUCCAACAACUUUUGGAUUUUCUGUGAGUCACACAACCCGAGCCCCAAGAAACAAGGAGAUAAAUGGAGUUCACUACCACUUCACUGAACGGAGCAUCAUGGAGAAAGAGAUCAGAGAGGGGAAAUUCCUUGAAUCAGCAUUAGUUCAUGGAAAUCUUUAUGGAACAAGUAUUGAAGCAGUUGAAACAGUUACAGAUGCUGGAAAGAGAUGUAUUCUUGAUAUUGACGUUCAAGGUGCUCGAUCUGUGAGGUCUAGUUCUCUUGAUGCAUCAUUUAUUUUUAUCUGCCCACCGUCAUUUGAGGAGCUUGAGAAGCGUCUUCGUGCAAGGGGAACUGAGACUGAGGAACAGAUCCAAAAAAGACUUAGAAAUGCAAGAGAAGAAUUUGAUGAAGGAAAAUCUCCGGGUCUCUUUGAUCAUAUCUUGGUGAAUGAUGACCUUGAAACAUGUUAUGAGAAUCUCAAGAAAUUACUAGCUUUAAAUGACAGAAAUGAUGCUAAUUGCCAGCCAGCUGUGAAAAGUUUCAAAAUUCCUAUGAGUCACUCGAUAUCAAACAAAGAUCAAAAAAUUCUGAUACACAGUGGAACUUCUGAACUGGGAAAAGAAAGCACUAGCUUAUUUCUGCUUGAUGUCUCCUCGCUUAAGGGAGGCGCUCCAGGCCAGACACGAGGACUCGGUAUAUAUGCCAUCAACUCAUAUGCAGAAGGACUAGAUGAGAUCAAACUACUUUGAAGUCCUCUUUGUUGGAGCCUGUCACUGAAGUUAUGAUUUUUGGAAUGAAUUAUAGGUGACAUGUAUUUGUCUUGAAACCAAUUGGCUUUCUAGUUCGGUUUAAUGCAUAGAUGGGCACUUGGUUGCUACUGUACUUGUCAGAAAAAUUUUGAGAGCUCGGUGAUACAUGUUUCUUUUGACAUUCUUUAUUUUGUAGCUGAAAACUAAAUAAAUCUAGUCUUAUUAUUUAGAUAUUCUCCUGGGGAAUAUCUAG